AUUAAAAAAUGGUCUCAAGAGAAUCACGCAGACGUUCAAAUAGACGAUCUAAUCGUAAAUAAAAAUAGUAAGAAUCUCAAAUAUAAUUUUCUUAUAGUUCUACUACAACUUCCUCUGUAGUGACUGAUGAAGAAUCUAAUAGAAGUUCUUCUAGUGAUGAUGAUUAACAUUAUAAAUACAGAAAAGGGGAAUAUAUUAGAGAUUACAAGGUCAAAAGACAUAUUUUUGAUGGUACAUUUGGAAGAGUCUUGAAAGUCAAGAGAAGAAAUUCAAAAACAUAUGCCCUUAAAAUCGUCAGACGAAAUCAUGUUGAAAGUGCAUAAUCAGAAGCUGAUGUUUUGUUUUAUUUAAAGAGAAAAGGACUUAAUCGUAACUUUGUGGAAUUGUACGAAUGUUUCCAUCAUAGACGAUAUUAUUGUAUGGUAUUUGAGAGAGUAAUAAUUUGCCAUAAUUUAAUUAUAGCUAGGACCAAGUCUCUAUGAGUUGAUGAAAUUAAAUAAAAAUCAUAGAAUUCCUAUGACUUUAUUAAGAAGCAUAAGCAUAUAAUUAUUAAAGUAUAUUGGUUAAUUACAUGAUUUAAAAAUUGUUCACACUGAUUUAAAACCUGAGAAUAUCCUUUUCAGUAAAAAUUAUAAAUUCAGAAAAGGAUAAUAAGAUUUGUAUAUAUUUAAUAUUAAUUUUUUAUUAGAUACUUACCCUAAGAUGAUAGAAUUAAGAUCAUAGACCUUGGUGGAGCAGUUUUUGAUUAUGAAGGACAUGAUUGUAUUAUUAAUACACGUCAAUAUAGAGCUCCUGAGGUCUAGUUGUAAUGUGGUGAAUGGAAUCACAAAAGCGAUGUUUGGGGAAUUGCCUGUAUCAUCGCUGAAAUGUAUUUAGGUAGGAAUGAUUUAUUUAAACUAAUUUAGGACACUUAUUAUUUUAAACAAGAAAGAAUGAAUAUGAACAUAUGGCUUUGGUUGAAAAGAUCACUGAUCAAAACUUCCCUUAUUGGAUGGCCAGUAAUGUCAAAGGAUCUUUGAAAUAAUGUUUCACAAAGAAUUCAACAAAUGGGAAAUACUACAUCUGGCCUUAAGAACACACAAGCAAAGAGAGCAUUGCUAGAGUUGAAAAUCAGAAACCAUUAAGGGAAUUGAUACUUGAUCCAUUAUUAAGAGAUUUAUUAUAAAAAAUGCUUGAAAUUGAUCCCGAUAAAAGAAUCAGUUGUCGUGAAGCUUUGCAUCAUUAAUUCUUUUGCCAUUGAUAAAGGACAAUGAAUUUUUAUUAAGAUUUUAAUUUCAUUCCCUAU